CAUUGGGUUUUGGUUCCAAAUUCAAAUCUUCGACAAACUCGUCCCCAUUUCCUUUUAAUUUUCCUCUCUUCUCUUUCCUCCAUUUUUUGAAUUUCGAUUUCACCCAUCCCCUUUGCGAAACCCUAAUUGUCAGUUCAACAGAUUCGAUUCGAUCCCUGCUUCUAUGGCGGACGCCGACUCUUCCUCUCCCUCCGUCCCUGCCCCAGCUCCUCUAUCAGCUAAAAAUGAGAAUCUAACUCCCAUUGGAUCGAAAAUUUCGGAAUUGAACGAAUCAAGAGCAGAGCUGCUUAAUAGAAUUCAAUCGCUUAAGCAGGAUCUUCAGAAUUGGAGGUCAAAGCUAGACACGCAAGUUAAUACCUACCGCAGUGAACUCUCCGAACUCAAGAAAUCACUUAAUGUUGAGGUCGAGCACCUUCGAACGGAAUUCCAAGAACUAAGGACUACCCUUCAGCAGCAACAAGAAGAUGUGACUACCAGCCUGAGGAACUUGGGUCUUCAGGAUGUUUCUGUGGACAAUAAUGAGACUCGACAUCAACAUCCAGCAGAAAUCAGCGAGAAGGAAGAUGCAGGCGAGGCAACGAAGGAAGGUUGUGGCUCGACGGAGGAAAAGGGGAAUGAAGCUGGAAAUUAAGAGGCACUUUGUAGCAUGUAGGUUGUAAGUUUUUCAUUCCAUGAUAAGAUAACAUUAGCAGCAGCUCUCUCGGCUAUGGAUUUCCACAAUGUUCACUGUUUAAAUUUCAAUGCUUGUAAUGGGUUUCUUUUCAACAUUUCCCAUUGAGGGUCUAUGAGAUUUCCCUUUAGCUCA